AUGAUGAAUUAUAUUAUUGGUGAUGAGUCUUCUGAACAUGAUAUUUCUGGUUAUAAUGAAGAGGAUAUUCUAUCCGGUGAAUAUGUUAAAAGAAGAUAUGAUGGUAUUGAAGAUGAGUGUUAUGAUAAAAUAACGCGGAAGAAACGAUAUGUUCUAGGUCAAAAUGUUGGAAAAUGGACUGAUGAAGAACAUCAUCGUUUUGUUGCAGCCUUAAAAAAAUUUGGGAGAAAUUGGACCUUAGUUCAGCAAGAAGUGAAGAGUAGAACUUUAGUUCAAAUACGUUCCCAUGCACAGAAAUACUUUUUAAAAAAAGUUAGAGGUAUAACUCCUUCGACAGUACUAAUGGAUUCAAAGUUAGUUUCUACAGCAUCAGAUGGAAUUGUGCCCACAUGGUUACUUCAAGAUGACUCUAAUUAUGCAAAUAAGUCAUCUAUAAAUAAUGUUCAUAAUUCGAACAAUAAUAAAUUAUUAGUUUAUGAUGAAACCUCAAGGCUUGAUGGUCAUGAAGAGAUUCGAAAACAAGAAUAUAAACCCAUAGAUAUAUAUAAGAAUAAUUUCACUGAAUCUUCUCUAUUAAUAGAUAAUCAUACUGAAAGAAAACCAAAAUAUACCUGUAUAACAAAUUGUAAUAUACAAAGACAAGUAGUUAAUAAUAAGGUCCCACUUAGUGAUAUAUGUCUGGCAUCAAGUACUAAUUUUGCAAAUAGUACUGCUUCAACUACAGUAUCUAGUCCUGCUUCAAUUGGCCCUGAGAAAAACUAUAAUAAUAUACCCUCAUUACCUUUUGAUAUGGUAAUGCCUUCAAUAUCUGAUUUUAAAAACUCAAAUGUAGUUAUCAAUCCAACAGUAUCAUUAUCUCAAUGUGAUGCUCCUUGGCCAUUAACUUCAGAUCCUCAAUUCAUAAAACAUCAUGAUAUUGACAACAAUGUCAUCUUAGCAUCAUCUCCAUCAUCAUCUACUUCAACGUAUUUGGACUUUGAUCCAAAUGUUGAUAUUGCAAAGUCUUCUCAGUACAAUCCUGGCACUCCUAAAGUAUCAUCCUAUAUAUGUACUACUUUAUCAGAUUUUGUAUUUUGUGGUGAUAAUAUGGAUCCAGAUUCAAUUGAUAAUUAUAUAAACCUUAAAGAUAAUUCUAUACUUGAUAAUGACGACGUUAUAGCUCUUCUCUAG